CUCCGCCCCGGAGGCCGGCACGCUGGCUCGCUCCCUGCCUGGGAACAUGGCCGAAGUCGGGGAGGACAGCAGCGGGGCGCGGGCUCUGCUGGCGCUGCGCUCGGCGCCCUGCAGCCCCGCCGCGGCGCCCCCUCCCGGGCCGCCGCCCCCGGCCGCGCCGCCCGCCGCCGCCUCCGCCGGCCCGGUGCUGGCGCGGCUGCAGGGCCGUGAGUUCGAGUUCCUCAUGCGGCAGCCGGCCGUCACCAUAGGCCGCAACUCCUCGCAGGGCUCGGUGGACGUCAACAUGGGGCACUCCAGCUUCAUCUCCCGGCGGCACCUGCAGCUCAGCUUCCAGGAGCCGCACUUCUACCUGCGCUGCCUCGGCAAGAACGGCGUCUUCGUGGACGGCGCCUUCCAGCGCCGCGGCGGCCCGGCCCUGCAGCUCCCGCCGCAAUGUACUUUCCGAUUCCCUAGCACGGUUAUAAAGAUCCAGUUUACAUCUUUAUACCAUAAAGAAGAAGCAAAAGAGGAAGCCUCAUCGCCUCCCCUUCGGCCACUUUACCCUCAAAUAUCUCCUCUGAAGAUCCACAUCCCGGAGCCGGAUCUCCGGAGCGUGGUCAGUCCCCUCCCAUCCCCCACUGGCACUAUCAGUGUUCCCAAUUCUUGCCCGGCCAGUCCACGUGGUGCUGGAUCCUCAGGAUAUCGUUUUGUUCACAACAUUACCUCGGAUCUGCAGCUGGCAGCAGAGUAUGCUGCAAAAGCAGCGUCAGAACAGCAGGCAGAUGCAUCUGGCGGGGACAGCCCAAAGGAUGAGUCAAAGCCACCCUAUUCUUAUGCUCAGCUAAUUGUGCAGGCUAUAUCUUCAGCACAGGACAGGCAAUUAACACUAAGUGGGAUCUAUGCCCACAUUACCAAGCAUUAUCCAUAUUACAGGACUGCUGACAAAGGCUGGCAGAAUUCCAUUCGGCACAACCUCUCCUUGAACCGUUACUUUAUUAAAGUCCCACGCUCCCAGGAGGAGCCUGGAAAAGGUUCCUUUUGGCGAAUUGACCCUCCCUCUGAAGCCAAACUAGUAGAGCAAGCAUUUAGAAAACGAAGGCAAAGAGGAGUGUCCUGCUUCCGAACACCUUUUGGGCCUCUCUCCUCCAGGAGUGCUCCUGCCUCCCCUACUCACCCUGGCCUGCUGUCGCCUCACUCUAGUGGCCUACAGACUCCAGAGUGCCUGUCACGGGAGGGCUCACCCAUUCCACACGAUCACGACUUUGGGUCAAAGUUAGCCUCAGUUCCAGAAUAUCGGUAUUCACAGAGUGCACCUGGAUCUCCCGUCAGUGCCCAGCCAGUGAUUAUGGCUGUUCCUCCCCGACCAUCUACUCUGGUGGCAAAACCAGUCGCGUACAUGCCAGCAUCUAUAGUGACUUCACAACAGCCUUCGUGUCAUGCAAUUCACGUAGUUCAACAGGCUCCCACUGUUACAAUGGUCCGAGUUGUGACCUCCUCUGCAAACUCUGCAAACGGAUACAUCCUCACAAAUCAGGGCACAGCAGGAGGAGCUCACGAAGCUGCAGGAGCAGUGUUGGACUUAGCUGGUGACCACCGAGUAGGCAUGGAUGAAAAGCCAACUAUCGCAUUUGCCACAAUACCUACAGCCAGCCGUGUUAUUCAGACAGUCGCCAGUCAAAUGGCACAGGGUGUUCCAGGACAGACAGUCACGAUCCUUCAGCAGGCAGCUCCAGUGACCAUCGGACAGCACCAGCUCCCCGUGCGGGCAGUCACUCAGAACGGGAAACAUGCCGUCCCCACCAACAGCAUCACCGGCAGCGCUUAUGCUCUUACAAAUCCACUGCAGCUUCUUGCAGCCCAGGCCAGCUCAUCCACUCCUGUUGUAGUCAGCCGGGUAUGUGAGACAGGGACCGAAGAGACAACAGCAGCCUCUUCCAGUGAACCUGAAGUCAAAAGACCCCGGAUAGAAGAGUCCAGCGGAGCAGUCCCAGCCCAAACAGGAGUCAUCACAUCUACAGUGCCACAAGGACAGGCAACCAGUGAAUGAAGAACCGGUGGGAGGAGCUGGAGUGAUACAGGGUGGGCGUGGGAUGGCAGGAGCCCUAAAGCAGCUUUCAAAGAAAACAAACCACAACUGUAACAGCUCAAAACAUAGCAGAUAAAGAGCUCUUUUUAAAGUCAAAUUUUUAAAUGGGAGGACAACAGUUGUUAGAAUCACAAGGUGCCAAAAAGAAUGGAAAACCCCUCCCAAGAACCCAUAUCUGGAACUCUGUUCUGUCUUUACCUAUGGGAUGUUUUUUCCUUUUUUUUUUUUUUUUUUUUUUUUUAAGAUUCAAAAAAAUACAGACAACUGAUUGUAUGACUGCUGGGAUAUUUUUUAACUGUCUUUUCCCCUUUUGGCUCCAAGGGAAUGGGAUUUGCAGUUCAGCAUCUAAAGGAAUGUAACACAAUUACAGUCUGCUCCCUGGAAAGAAAACUCCUCAUUUUCUAUGCCUUAAUACUGUGCUUCUCAGAGCUUUGAACCAUAGGACCAUUUUUAAAAGGCCACCUAAGGCAAUCAAAUGCUGAAAGAUGGGUGCAGUAUCUCACAACAACAUUAAAGUAACAUGGUACCAAGCUUAAAGAAAAAGGCAAAUGAUUUUGUUUUUUAAAACAGAAAAAUUCUGAAUAUGAACGAAUGUUUAUUUAUGUGGGGAUUCAGGAAGAAGAGUUAUAGGGCUCAGCCACCUGGAUUUUCAGAUGCAAUUUCUCUCCAUUCCCUCUGAGGGAGAAUAAGAUGACAGAGGAACUGUAUUAAUUUGGUUCCUGUAAAGAUAUUAAAAAGAAAGGGUUUUGUACCUUCAAUGAUUUCUUACAAUUAUUCAUCACUUGCUCUGGACAACAGCCAAAGUAUCUUGAUGACUGAGGAUCACAUUGGGAAGGGUGUCUCCAAAAGAUUCUGUGUGCAUUUGAUUGAUCACAUCCUGUGCUGAAGCACCAGGUUUUGUUCAAAAUGGCACUAUAGGUAAAGACAUUGCCACUGUCUCUGUGAACUUGCAAAAAUAUUGGUUGGUCUUCUGCACUAAAGCAGUCUGCCUUCACCUCCUGUUGGUAGUGUGGUCCUCAGCUCAAUGGACAAUGGCCAGGGCUGGAUAGGAGUCUGUCACUGACCCUUUGCCCUGGCUAACAGCAAAGCUCCAGUGAUACUCUUCUGAGAGAGAAGUUGGGAGCUGGAGUGAGAGGCAACAGAGUUCAUGCAGUGUUUAAUACCAAUUCUGUAAGUGUAUAGAGACCAAGGCAAAAGAGGCCUUUUAUUUUCCAUGUGGCAAAAGUCACUGGAGGUCUUCAAAGAGGUUUUCCGAAAGGAAUGUUGAGGUUUCCUUUCAUUGCCUGGCUCCCUUUCCCAUCUCUCCUCCUUGAGGACCAUUUGGGUUGGCCAGUAGGAGGAGGCUUUUACUCAAACUGUAUUCCAGGCUCUUCAUGUAGUACAAGUAUGUCUUACAAGUAAAGCAGAUUUGAGUCACUUCAGCCAUGUGGAACAGUGGGUACAUGUGAUGCCUUGUGACUGGAAGAGAAAUCAACCCCUGUGUAGCCUCCAGCUAACCCGUUUGGGUUUAUGCCUGUUUGCAAUCCCUUUGGCUAAUGUGUCUUCUGGCAGCACAGCAGAGAUCUCUUUAAUUUAGAAAAUGUUAUGGCUUUGGUAAUGGCAAAAGAGACUUUAGAGGGAUGGGGUAUACCUUUGGUAGGUUGUCCCCUUAUCUGUAUUGAUUUAUUGUGAGGCUUCUGUCUUGUAGUCUGACAAUGCUAUUGCAGAGCAGAGGGGCAAGCCCCUGCAAAAAGGUUUCCCCAAUGUGCAGUAAGUGAUACUGUCAGUAUGUCAUGGGGAUUAGGGGGUAAGGCACAACUGUUCGAUGUCUGCUGGAAUCUGGGGAGGGAGAGGAAAUCCGCAAGGUAACAGCUGACAUCACUUGUUCCCUUUUAGGUUUCCUUUCACUUUGCCAAAUCCUAUUCAAUAGCCAAGUCCCACUGCUUGAAUAAAACCCAACCAUGUUUUAAUCUCAAGCCAAUUGUUUUGUGAGAAAUAUUCCUGAAAGAAAUAAUUUCUUGGUCUCAUGAUUUGCGGUUACUCUCUGCAGUUGGAGGCACACAAAAUAUUCAGGACUGUUUGUUUAUCUACAGCUAGGCUUUUAUAAUUUAGGUGUGUGCCUUCAGUGACAAGUUAUUAGAUUGGAUGUUAGUACUUUGAAAUGAUUCUGUGAGGGAGGAUUGUUACAAACCACAAAGUAAUUGAAGCAGGCCAGCCUCCAGCUUUCAGUUUUCCUGCUAGGAAGGCUAGAUGUGGCAUAGCAGAGAAGCCCUUGGAUUAGCUCUGUUUUCUGUAGCCUUUUCAAAGGCAGAAUACAAUAAAAUGGGACUUCAAGGAAGAAUGCACAAGUGAGAGUGCAGCAUAGUUUAUCUGUGAUUAAUCAUUACUGCUGGUUUAGGUACAGGCAGGCCUCUGAAACAGCCCUGAAGCUAGGGAGGUUUCCUGAAUCAGAGGAGCCUUUGAGUUUCCAGUAUGUUGCCAAAGUUUUGUGGAUUUUUCAUUACUGCUGCUUUUCUCUUUAAAAGUCUUGAAUAAUUAGGCACUAACCUUCUGUAAACUAGUCCAGCACCAUAGAAAUACAUCAGAUGAAUCAUGGGGUUUUCAUACACCAGCUGCUGCUUUGUAGAUACCUCUUGAAAGUCCAUCCUCAGGUUGCAUGUGUAGAUCUGCUUCCUUGGUAUUUAACACAGAAUAAAGUUUUAUCACUCUUCCUUUUGUGGCUCAGGAUGCCUGAUGGUUAAGAUGUGAGUUAAGGAUAAGCAAAUAUCUUUGAUCUGUUCACCCAUUCUGCUUGAAGUGUCUGGAAUUUGUCAAUUCAUCUUAUCACGGGAUUUUUGCUUUAUCAGUCUGCUGCAUCCCUCUGCUACUGUAGGAAGCAGCCAUGUUGCUUGAAAACUUUUUUGGUAGGUUUACCUAUACGUUACCUAGUAUCAGGUGAUGAUGUAGACAGAACAACAGUUCUUACUAAAUCCUGCUGAGAGCUGUGGAAAAAUGUGAUUCCUCAUCUGGAACAUGUGAGAUGGAGACAUCCUAUUUCAGAUGUCCAGAUUAAUUCCUUCAACACACCAUGCAGUCGGGAAGACAGCACCACUCUUCCACUCUUUUUACGUAUCAGUCCUGAUUCCUGAGGCUUUCAGUUUUGAACACUGCAGAGGAAUGAAAAUUAGUAUGAGAGUAGAAUAAAGUCUUCAACUAGAAAGAAAAUACUACCUUCAUGGUUAUAUACUAGUACUUGGAUUAUUUUAAAUUGAUUAUCUUGUUGUCUAAAAAGUUGUAUCUCAUGUCCUCAAUUAUAUUAACUGAGGGAGGUUUGAGGAGGAGAGGAGUAGGAGGCUUCAGUGCGUCUUCUGCUGUCUGUAUAAUGAAGGUCAAGGCAUGUUGAAUAUUUAACCUGCUAUAACUUAGACCUGGGAGAACUUUAAAACCAAGUUCUUAAUGUGUGAAUUCACUUUUCACCAUUCCCUACUGAUUUUAUUUAUUUUUUUAUCUUAGGCAAUGACAAAGACUAAUUUUACUUUGAUUGUGAUCAGUUUAUAGCAACUUUUGUUGUCUCAGUUUGCAAAAGCUGAAUGCAGUUGUUCUUGAUUUUUAUUCCACUGGAAUUCCUUAGUUAUUAUUUUGUCUUGACCUUGGCCCUUUUAAUACAGGAAGCUUUUUACAGUGAGAUCAGUUUAAUCUGAUUUACUGAUAACACGACACAAUGCUGAGCACAGAAUUGAAGUUCAUGAUUAGCUCAUAUUCUUCUCAAAUCCUUUUUCUUCCCAUAUUCCUCCCUCCCCCAUACCAUUAACGCUGUCCUGUGUAGCAUAGCCAGUCAUUUUUAUCCACUGAUGGGAGCAACUCCUUUCAUUAAGUUCUGCCCAAGGACUCAAGGAUGAAAAUACUUGUGGGAUACGUGAAGCUCCAGAGCAGGUUGAGAAAGGUCAGUUUGGUCACCCUGUAUUUAAUUUUCAUGCUGUGUUUUAGAUAUGUUACUGUUGGGCACAGCUUGUUCAGGAGUGUGUUUUCAGAGACAUGUUAAAGCUUUGUAAGAGGAAAGAAAUAGUUUAAUAACAGCUGAAGCCUUUGCAGUGCUGCUGCAAUCAGUGUCAUGGUCUGGCGUCAGCUUUUGGGGGGUAAACUUGGUUUUGCAUGUUUUAGACAUCUGUCUUGUGUACUGACUUAGAACUGUCUUUCAGAGUUAACUUCCAUAUUUUUUCCCCUUUUUCAGUAGGGAAAUGCCAGCAGUAAAAUCUAACUUGAAGCACAGAAGGUUAGCGACCUAUAUCUAAGCAAGUGAGAGCGUCUGAGAUUUCAUACGGUGUGAUGUGGAAAAGUUUUCACUGACUGCUGGGGAUGUUAAAUUGGUGUUAGAGCUUUUCAUCUGUGUUAACAAGGGGCUUUCCCAGUGAGAUAUUUGAUACCACUCUGACGUGUGCCAGCAUGUAAAUGAAUGUCAAAAUGUGGCGUGAAAGGAGAAACAUUUCCCUGCCAUACCUAGGUUUGGGGAUCUUGGAUGACAAGGAUUUAAUCUAGCAAUAGUUCUCUGCCUUUCCGUAGAGGAUUAAAAGUGGUUUCUUCAAGCUAACUGCAUCUGAGGAUUAAAUUCCAGCUGGUUUCCAAACUUUGCUUCUGAGGUUUAAGCCAUGACUUCUAAGUUAUGAUUUAUUGCUGUGAUAAACAUAGAUCACAUAAAACUGCACUAUUAGGGAAGAUCAAAUCUCUGUCUCUGUCAUUGUCCAGUUGUAGAAAUACAGAAUAGCUUGAGUUGGAAGAGACCUUUGGAGGUCUCUGCUAUAACCCCCUGCUGAGAGCAGGUCCAACUAGAUCACAUUGCCAUGACCUUGUCCAGCUGAUGUUUGAAUGUCUCCAGAGAUAGAAGUCCCAUGACUCUGGUCUCCCUGUUCCACUCUGGCCACCCAUGAGGUAAAACCUUUUUCUUGGCUAUCUAAGAAGAAUUUCAUGUGCAGCUGUAUGUGUUCAUUGGCCUCUUGUCCUGUCACAUCUUCACUCCUCUAUGAAGAACCUAGCUCUGCCUUCUCUGCAUCUUCCAAAUUGGUAGUUGAAGGCACCAGUAAGAUUUUCCCCAUCUUCCUUUUCUUAAGCCUGAACCAACCUGGUUGUCUCAGUCUCUUCUUGUCUAUCACAUGCUUAAUCGCUGCAGAAGGUCCCCAUUUGUCUUGUACUGGGGAGCCCAAAACUCGGUACAGUAAUGUAGAUAUGGUCUGACAAAUGCUGGAUGGAGUGGAAGAACCACUGUUUUCCUUGGCCUGCUAGCUACACUUUUGCAAGUAAAUCCCAGUAACUUGUUUGGUCUCUUGCUGCAAGACAAAUGUAAGUGUAAGAAACGAGUCACAACGUGAACUGGAUUGCGUUAGUAAAUAUACAGCCAUCUUGGCUCUCUCUUCCAAGGAAGAGUGCCAGCUUGGGUCUUGAAGCUUUUUGAACAGGAGGCAACACUGAAGGAUCCCGAUUGCACCUGUGCUUUACCUUAUCAAAUGAUAAGUCAAGUUCCACACUGCACUGAAACUGAGUUUCGAGCCUGAUGCAAAAUAUUUCAGGCUUUUUAGUCCUGCUGCUAAUAAGUUGGACUAGAGCAUUAAGAAUGAACCUCUGAAGGAACAUGACUAGCUUCAUAUUUUUGCCCUUGCUACACACUGAGCUUUUGAGUUUGCAAUGCCAUUCUAUAACAAAUGAUCUGUUGUCCCUUGCCAGCUGGUCUCUCGGGCAGCUCCUAUUUCUGCUCCCCAUCCCAGCUUUUUCCCUCUGUAGUUUCUGUCAACUCCAGAGUCUUUAAUCCAGCUCCUAAUUUAAUGUCAUUGCUUGAAGGUCUGCAUCUGGUGAGAAUCUGUGUUAGGUUGCAGUUAUACAACAGAUUGUUCAGUCAUGUAACUUUGUUUCCUUCUGGGUGAUAAAUUAUGCCAAAGCUGCUAGUACUAUAGCAUACACUACUGUUGUAAAGUGUAGCUUACAAUGGAGCCAGCUGUGCUGCAGAAAACAGUUACACUACAGGGUCAUCUGGAUUGCUGGAACUGAUGGGAUUGGGAAGUGAUGCCGCCUUGCAUUUUGAUCUGCACCGGAUCAGAACAUAGCUGUGACUCCAUGCUGGAGCGGCUCUGCCAGGUGGGUUAUUUGCAGGACAGUCCAUGUGUUUGUGCACACAGGUGUGGAUAUAUGCAUGCAUAAUAAUCAGCAGUGGAAAAUACCUAGCUGUGAUGGUGAGCUUUCUCUGCUAGGGUGUCUUUCAUGAGGCAGUAAUGCAGCAGUGAGCAUUUUACUUUGGCCUGAGCAAGACAUUUUGAAAAAUACUUGUUUUUCUUGGAGCACUAUAUUUAAAUUCCAAAUUUUUAAUCAACUUUUAAGCUUUGUAUUUAUAUGUUCAGAAAAUUCUUUUGAUACCUUUUCAAUUUACCAACACUGAAUUAAAGCCUUUAAGAAUGUAUGGCUGGUCCUCUCCUUAUGUGUCACUUUAAGGUUCGGAGCUUGAGGGUAGUUGUGCCAAGUCUACCCCUUUGCUCUCAAGAUAGAAAAAAACAUUGACAAUUCAAGGGUGGCAGCUAAGGAAGAAACCCUUUAAAUAUUUUUUUCAGAGAAUAUUAAAUUAGAACUGUGUAAACAUAAAAUUUAUAUUUAUUAACAUGUGUGAGAGUGUGUAUGUGUGUGAGUAUAGGUAUAUAAAUGGUCCAUGACUAUUUCUUUCUCUUAAAUGGUACUUUACACAGACUUUUAUACAGUAUAUUGGUAAAUUCCAGCACCAGGCACUGAUUCUGAAAGAACGAUGUACCUAUUUUUGUAACAAAUGUGAGCAGCCAGUAGAAGCAGCUUUACUUCAGUGAUUGCUUUCAAUCCUCUCACAGAGCAGAAGAGCUGACUUGGUACUUGCAUCUUCCUUGUGUAGAAGCCCUGCUUCUGGCUUUGCCAUGCUUUCAGCAACCCCAGUCCGUGCUGCUUUUUCUGGCAAGAAAAUCCCCCAAAUGGCACUAUUGAAAGCUGGAAUCCUUUCUUGUCUCAAAUUAUCUCUAGAUGUGGUAUCAGGGAGUUCUUUACAGGUUCUGCUCUGUAAGUAAUGGGACCUUAUUUCUAACAGGGAAAAUUAAUGAAGGGUCCAUGAUGAUACUGUAAGGUUGAGGAAUUCCUCCCUGUCUGUCUUUCAGGUGGCUAAGCUAACACUGGGGCACUAUAAAAUAGUUUCUCUUCCUCUGUGGUGAGAUUAUUCUCUUUUUAUGAUGCUUCUGUCUCUUCAUGGGGUAUGAGGUGUGUGUGUGUAUCCCUUUAAAAACAAAUGCAUAAAAGUUUUUCUAAUGUUUCCAUUCACAAGGAGUAAGUUUCACCUAACUGGCCAAAUUUCGGUCGUGGUCUAACUCCACAAGGAUCACUAAAUUCACACAAGUGUGUUUUGACCUACUUGGGCAUUUUAAGAAUUAUUCUUAAAAGCAGGUAAUAAUACUUGGCUCCCUAGUCCUAAUUGCUCUUCCAGAAGUAGAAAUUCCUUUCUCUGUAAGGACCCAACUGAAUGCUUCACCACAAUCACUGUCUGGUGAUUUGGCCUUGGUAAUUAAGGGAGGAGAGGAUUGGUGGGAAGAAGAGUAACCAGAAUAGGAGCAGGGAAAGGAAACAGCUUUCCUCCUCAGCAGAAAGCCAGAUUGCCCUAGUAUUUGGUUACUGCUGCUUGUGUGUCGCUGAGUUAAGCAACGCACCUUUACUGUGGUCUAGACCUUUCAGUCCUCCUUCUACUCCACCUCAGCUUCACUUAAAGCAGUCUGAAACAGAGCCUUUCUUAAAGCAAAGGGCAACGUUGAGGAGAAACGUCUGUUAGCUGAAUGAAAAAUUAGAAAUGGAGCAGAAAAAGUGAGAUUUCCUUCUGUUUCACUGCCUUGCUGCUAAAAGUCUGGUGCAGAACGUCCUGAUGUUCUGCUGAUUUAUAUGCUGUUCUUUGGAGAUGGACAGGCUGCUAAAUAGGCAAGUUGUUGCUAGCAAAUGAAUUACUGUAAAUCUAAACUUGUCUUAUGUCUCUCUUUCUCCCCCAAAUGGGCUUGAAGUAGAAGGAACCAGAGUAUUGUUUGUAAGAUCACUAUGCUUUAUGGAAAAGAAAACUGAGAAUAUUUAAAAAAAAAAAUUCAAUAUAUGCUGAUACAGAAAAUGGGAUGGCUUUAAAAUAUAAAAAUCUUACAAGACCAUAUGUUGUCUUGGGUUCUGGACGUGCUGUUUAUAUUGUGAUGAGACUGGCCUUGUCCAGCCUGCCAGGCAGCCUCCGCAUAGCCAAAAAGAGCAUUCAGGAGUCUGUCACUAUCCAAAGGACUGUUAUCCAAAGGACUGUUAAAAGCUGUUUAGGGAUAAAUCAAAAGAUGUAUGUGAGCAGUGGAUGGUAAAGCUGGAAAUUCAGAUCCAGCUCUGAAUAUUUGCUUAAAAAAAAAAAAAAAAAAACCACCUAGAAAAAUCUGAAUCUCCCCCUGUUCCACAGAUAUACAUUCCCACUGAGUCCUUAGGGGAAGGCUUCAGUGAGACAAGGACCUGAAAUACCUCAGUGGCCUGACAGAGGUGUUCUGCUACAGAGAUCUAGGGGAGCCUCACCCCUUUCACAUGGAUUUGGCACUUAAAGAUGGGGACAGAUGAGGGAACUAAAGCCAUGCUUGCAUUUCAGUUCCUGGUGUUGCCUGUAUAAGACAUCUCCAGCCAGAUGUUUUGGUGUUUGUGGGUUUGUUGUUUUUUUUUUACAGCUGAUAUCAAAAGUAUUUUUUGUGAUAUUUUCAUUACCAGUGCUUUCUAAAAAGCAGGUGUGUAUCCCAAGGGGGAAGCUCCAUCUGGGGCAGUGGCUGUGAAGCUCAUCAUCUUUAUCUGGCCGUGUUGCAGCACUGCUCCUGUGAGAUGUUUAACUGCACAGGCAGACCGUGGCUCCCACGAGGGCUGGGAGAGGGUCCUGGUCGUGCUGAGGAGGCUGCUGCUCACCAGAGGAGACGGCAAAUACAAGCAUCCGAGGAGCAGGACCUGCAUUUCCAUAUCAAAUGGGAUACAGUGGGUUUUGUUUUGUUUUGUUUUUUUUAAAUAUGGAGCCAUACAUUUUUUUAAAGUAAUUUGAGAUCCGAAUGUGAUUUCUAAUGUAUCAAGAACGUUAAUAUUUUAAAGCUAUAACAAAGUUUUAAAUUUCUACUAUUUUUUUCAUUUAUUUUAACUGUUCUGUUACCUUAAUUUGAUGUAUGUGGUUGGGGAAUGUUGCUUCUCCUCUUAGCAUUUGUUUCUAUAACCAGAAAUAAAAUUAUAUAUGAAAGAGAAAA